AUGGUCUCCAUACGAGACCGCGUGGCAUACGGACCUCGUUAUUCGGCACUUAGACCUUUGGGUCAGCCGGGACAAGAGCAGGCUCUCCCCCCAGCGCAGAGCAUCUCUUAUCUCAGUAUGGAACACGACUCGUCUCACCAACGAGCGCACACAGACGAGGCUCCUGGGGCAUAUUGCAUCCUUGGCAGGGGUUAUCCCACUCGAGUUGAUGCACAUGCGACCGCUUCAGCACUGGCUUCAGAGUCGCGUUCCUUGGAGGGAGUGGCACACCGGCACCAGGCUUAUUAUUAUCACGCCUCAGUGCCUUCGCACCCUCACCCCUUGGUCAGACUUGACCUUCCUUUGAGCGGGGGUUCCGUUCGGGCAGGUCUCGAGGCAUGUCGUCAUCGCAACAGAUGCCUCCCUGCACGGGUGAAGUGCCGUGUGCAAUGGGCACGCAGUGUUGAGGCGCUGGACGGGACCCCGUCUGCGGUGGCACAUCAACUGCCUAGAGUUGCUGGCUGUCCUUUGGCACUGAAGAGGUUUCAACCACUGUCCGAGCGGACCAGCACGGCUGCUGUGGCGUACAUCAAUCAUCAAGUGGCAUACGCUCACGGCAGAUGUCACAACUCGCCCGUCGCCUCCUCCUCUGGAGUCAGCAGUCUCAGCUUGUGUCUUACACGCUACCAGCAGGUGAGACUGGCAACUGGGUGGGCGUACACCCGUGAAAGCAACUUCUCCCCCCUUCGGGUCUUCCCAUAUGUUGAUUUCCUCACUCUCGGUUCCCCUGUCGGUGAACCUGUGGCCUCCCUCCCGGUGAGUCAACCCACCUGGGUCGUGUGCUGCCUACUCGGGCUCAUGCAUCAUAUCCCAUGUAGUUCUCCCCACUGUGAUGAAGACAUGCAGAGUUUGGCCAGUCUUAUGAGUUUAAAGCAGUCUGACAUUGGAAACCUAGAUGACUUUAAUGACAGUGAUGAAGAUGAGGACAAAAGACUGAGCACAACAGUGAAAAUGGCCACAGCUGUAAAAGUUGCUGUAUCUGUCCCCCAAAGGCCCUGUGGGGGACUUGUAGACUAUGAGCAAAUGGAGACCUCUGGCUCUGCUGAGGAUGUUGUAACCCCUCAUAUGUUACCCAUCACUGUUCUUCCUGGGCUUGCCAAACCUCCUAUUCCUCUUUUCUCUGCUCAGUCCUACUUGUUGCCUGAUGGUACACAGACAGCCACCUUGACUGUUGCUCGGGGCAAAUCCUGGAGAACUCAUAGUUUCCCUUCUUUUUGGCCCUCUCCUACUCUUGAUUCUACCCCCUCAGACUUUGGUUCCUCCUCAUACGACUCCAUGAAUCUUUCUCCAGCCUGGCCGUCAAAAAUGUAUUGUGCCUCAUUGAAUGCGCAAGGCUUUGCCCUCAGAACACCUACAAGCAUGCCUUCUGCCAAAGAGACAGCAUCCUGGCAAAAAGAGUGGAGGUCUCCCAACCUGAAGCCUACUCUGUGUCCUGCUCUGCCUACCUCGGAACACAUUAACCCUGUGCAGGACCUGCAGCCAAUGUGCCAUCAAGCUUCAGCUGCCACCUUUCCCCCUGCGCAAACCCCUUCACCUAUGCAUGCCCCUCUUCCUGCUUUAUCAUCAUCCCAUGUGAAGUCUCCUCCUCCUGUGUACCUCCAAAAAAUAAAAACCGUCUCUGUUACUCCCAACUCGACAACAUCUUCCAUUGACACUGCAUCCCCUAAGAUACUCAAUGCAGAUUCUGCUUGUACCUCUCUCUCUCAAACUCUAUUAUCUGCCAGCAUAUCUCCUCUUCCCGCAUCAUUUACAUUUAGCUCCAUUGCUUCUGCUAUGCCAUCUAGUUCUUCAUCUGCUUUCCUGGAUGCUCCGCUUUGUUCUUCUCCUGAUGUUGGUCCUGUGGUACAUCCACCUGUUGUCUCUGAAUCAGAGAAACACAGACAAUUAAGUGUAUUAACAGAGGAGGAAUAUCCAAAUACAGUAUGUUCUGGCAAAGAUGAUGCAGACACUAAUCUGCAAAACCAUGAACCUAACCACGGCAAAAUAAGAGCCAACCAAAGACCAAACAUCAGUACUGAGAAGCUACAACCUGUUUUUGGACUUGAGGUUGUGAGGCCUGCAAAAGGCACCAAAAGCAUGUCCAAUUCUCCUUGGCCAACAUCUGGAUUUGGUGAUGAUACAGCUAAGAAUCACAUGGGAGACUUGUUUUUUGACAAGGUGCUGAUUAAGCAGGAAGUUAGCAUUUUUCCCUCAGUUAACAAGAAAAAGAAUACAGAGGAAGAGGCUAUGAAAAGUGUUGCGCUCGUGGCAAGAUGCUUUGAAGAUGUCAGUAGUGUUCCACCUGUGCCCAGCAUGAUGUAUCUUCUUCCUGCUUGUCCAAAAACUGCUUUGGUACCAGGGAUGGCAUCUAUAGCUUUUCCAGAGAGGAUGGCUAAUUGGUCUUGGGUCAAGUCUGAGAAAAUACAGAAGAUGUGUAUUAAGAAAAACAAACCAAGAGAACCUAUGGAUGUGGAAUGGGCAUUUUAUAACACAAACACAACAAAGAACAUGAUGUUACUACAUUUGGCAUGUCCAAGAACUGCCAACAUCCCAGGAUUUCCAUCAUUGCUAUAUCAUAUGGAACAAUCCGGACUUUGGACAUGUCCCAAAGUCUCCCUAGACCCUAGUUCAUCUUUAAGAUAUCCAAUUAUGUGGUCAGAUAAAGGCUGUAGUAAAGAAAAUGUGGUAUUAUGGGAGAGACAUUUUGGGAAAAGUAAGGAGCAGAGUUUGUUAAUAUCUUCAAUGAAAGGGGAUUUAGAAACUGCUGAAAAUAUGGCUGCAUUGACAGUGUCAUGUUCUGCAGCAUCCAAGCUUUCAGGAUUUCCGUGUGUUCCAAAACCAAGUACAGCAAGUAUGUUCAGAAUUUUACCAUGUUGUCCAAAAGUGUCAUACAUUUCUGGAUUUCAAUCUGCAAAAUUCUAUAAUUCCACUCAAAAUAUUGCUGAUAUGAGUCCAUCCAACAAUAAAAUAAUUGCUCAUAAGAAUCAAUCAUAUUUGAGAGUCCUUUUGUCCCAAGAAGUCAUUGAUCAAUUGAGGGAUAUGGAGAACAUUAAACCGUUCUGCCUUAAGACAACAACAUGUCAUUCAAUUUAUCAAUGUCCUGUUCGGUUUAAAUUUACACAAGAUAAAAGUGCCAAAAACAGUACAGCAUUAUUGAUACCAUCUUGCUCAAGACAAGCAAGAAUUCCUGGAUUUCCCUGUGCUCCAUGGCUUACGUCUGAAACACAAAUAAUGUCUGGUAUUCAAUCAGCUUGUCCACUGAAAUCUAAAGCUUCAGGCAUUCCCUCUUUACACCUAAGCAAAAUUGAUAAGGCUUUGGGAAAUAUUUUCUCUGCAAAUGACAAGGUCAUUUUAGUACGAAAGUGUUUAAUAGAGAAGCCAAUUUACCCACCCGAGGAGUUGAGAAUUGCUUGUUUUAAAGGAAUGCAUUAUGUUUUGCCAAAUUGCGCACCUAAAGCUGGGUGUCCAUCUGCACAAAAGGAUCCAUUAAUGGUUUAUCUGUCCUAUUCUUGUCCCACAGUUUCAAUAGUAGCUGGGAUGCUAUCAGGCAAUAUAUCCAAAGAAGAAAGUCAGUGGUUUGUAAAAGCAACACAAUUAGGGGAUAAACAUCUGAAGGGAAAGAUGUAUCAUCACAUACAUUCUGUUUCACCCCAGUUCAAAGAAAUCAAGGAUGAAGUAAUCAAAAGAGAUAUGCUAGCUAUAGGACCAUCUUGUGCAACCAGUGCUAAAUUGCCUGGCUUCCCAUCAGCCCCAGAGCUUAACAAAAGUAUCUCAACAAGUAUGAUCUCUACUAUCGCACAUUGUCCAUGUUCUACAAAAAUAUCAGGCAUUCAAUCAGUUAACUUGGGAAAAGAGACUGUUGAUUCUUCAGCUGCAUGGCCUCUUGGGGAGAUCAUCUCACCUUUGUACAAAAUAAUCUCAAAGGAUGAGUCAAAAAUGGAAGGUGCCUCAUCAUUUAACAUGGACCAACUACAUUUCCAUAUUGCUACACUGCCAUCUUGUGCAAGGGAGUCAAUUGUGCCUGGAUUUCCACCCACAUAUAGCAGCUUACAUUCAGCACAAGUUGUUGGCUAUAAACAAGAAACUCUGCUUGGUCUGAUAGAUGUUAAAACAGACCUCCCUAAUCCAAACAAGGCUGACCAGGAGAAGACCAAUGAGAAUAUGGUCUCUUCAAUUUGCGAGGAAGGACAAAAGGGACUUCUUGAGAAAAGAUGUUGCAGAAUGUGGCAUUCCGUACCAGUCAUGCCACUAUUACUGACUGUUGAGGAGAGAUUUAAAUGUAUAAGUGCUCAGAUCCCACCUUCUUCCACAUGUAAAGAGAAUUACAGAGACACUCUGGCUGAAAAUGAUGAGGUCGAUAAGGGUUUAUUACAGACAUCAAACAAAAGUUCAAACCAUCUGAUUUAUGAACUGCAGAAAGAAGAAAACACUACCGAUAGUCUGGUGCUUUACACAGUUAAAUAUCAAACUGGGGUGCAACAAGGAUGUAUACCAAACAUGACAGAUCUUCUUCCAACAUGUCCAAUGUUCUCUGAGAUUUUUGGAUGUCCAGUCACAUGUCUUUCUAGUCAAUAUGAAACCAUCAAAUGGCCGAUUGAUGUGAACGUAAUUUGGGAAAAAACACAAAAACAUAAAUCUACAAAAAAUGUUUUGUUAAUGCCAUACUUGGAAAAAUCCCUCUCAGGGCUACCUAUUCUGUACUCAUGUCAAAAUAAAUCAAGAAUUCCUGGCUUUGCAUCUGCUAAGAGAACCACAUAUUUAGGAACACAUUCCAGGAUUAAAUUAUGUCCAUCUUGCCCAGAGAUGUCGAUUGUGAUUGGCACACCUUCACAGUUCAUAGUUCCAGAGGACAUGUAUCAUGGAGAGUGGCAUAGCAUAAAAACAUCAUUUUUGGAAGAAUACACCAUACCAAAGCUAAUUUUAAAUACUGAAAUUACAGUUGUGCUUUCUGAGGUCCCUGCAAUGAUUGUGGCUAUGGUCCCAUCCUGUCCAAAUGUAACACUUAUUUAUGGUUUCCCUUCUGCAUUAAACAGCAAAGAAAUUUGUAUUCAGCCAUGUGAAGAGUCAAGUCAGGAUUUUUUUUUAUCUACUAAUCCAAAAGAGUCUGCAAUUGCUGAGAUGAAAUCGAACAAGGGUGAAAAUAAAACGCCUCAUGAAACAUUAAAUUUACAAUCUCAAAGGGCUGCACAAAUGUUGGAUUCCACCCCUGUAGUUCAAAUAGAUGCAAGCAUGUUAGAGAUUCUUCCAUCCUGUCCACUGUUUUCUAGAAUCUGUGGGUGUCCAUCUUUAAGGGAUCUUCCAGGCAACGAGUGGAUAGUUGAAAAGUCUGUAAUCUCUUGUGGAUUAUUGAAAAAGAUACCAGCUGGUAUUUUGGACACUGGUAAAAAUGUCAGUCACUCAAAGUGUAUAGCAAUGACACCAACAUGCCCACAAGCAUCAUCAAUUCCAGGAUUUCCUUCUAGACCACAUCCUAUAGAAGAAAUGGAGCCAAGAAUGCAAAACAUUUAUCCCUCUUACCCAAUGAUUUCCUAUAUAGCUGGCUGUCAAAGCAUCCAGACACCUAACACAUCUAAAUGGCCUAUAAGGACAGCAAUGAUGUGUUCAAACCAAUCGAAACUCCCUGUUGUUGUGGACAUGGACACAAGAUAUACAAAAAACAUUUAUGGAAUGUUUGCAUUUGCAUCGACAUGUCCAUCAGUGGUCUGUGCCCCAGGUUUCCCAUCUUUGCCCAAGCCAAUAAUGCUAUGCAUCCUUCCAACUUGCCCAGAGAAGUCUAAAAUUAUUGGAUUUUCUUCUAAAGAGGAAUCAGAGUAUUUAGACAGAUCAAUUGACAAGAAAACACUGUACAGUAUACCUCUUAAAAAUAAGUCUGUUGCUUUUGUUGAAAGACUAGAUUGGAUCAAUGACUUAUCAAAGAUAACUUUUCCCUUGGCUCCAACCUGUCCAUUACAAACACGUAUACCAGGUUUCCCAUAUGCACCAGAGCACAAUGGUAAAAUACCUCCAAAAAUGACUAAUCUUCAUCAGUGUGUUCCUAAAAUGUCAAAGAUCAUUGGAUUUUCAUCAAGUGAGAGAAUAAACACAAGAUUGUGGCCUAAUGGUGAAAAGUCCCUGUUGGAGAAGCCACUGAAAACAAAACCAGAACUACAUUUCCAGUUUUCUGUUGAUUUGCCAUUUAAACAAAUCGACAGAUGUAUUUUGCAGAAAAUGUUUUCACUAGUGCCAAUCUGCCCGAGAGAAGCUUGCAUACAAGGUUUCCCCUCUUUACCGCAUGUUAAACUGGAUGGUUUCUAUCUAAAUAAAGAACCAGACAUAGUCAUCCUUUUGCAUUCUUGCCCAAGGCUUUCUUUCAAAGUAGGCAUUCCUUCAGUAAGCUCUGUAUCUAUAGAGGAAUCUCAAGUUAGCAUGUGGUCAUCUCUGAAAAUUAUGUGGUUUAAAGCACUCAAAGAAAGACCUGUUUUGUCUUUUGGUAAUACAAAUCAAUAUGGAGAAAAUUUACAAACUAUGGUCUUACUUGCACCUAUCUGCCCUGAUAAGGCACAAAGCUAUGGUUUCUCUUGCUCAGAAAGGCCCAAAAAAGAGCACACAGUGACUUCCAUUCUGCCACCUCCUCCAGAAGCUCCACUCCCUGCAACUGAUGAGAUACUUUUCAACAACAUGAUCACAGAAAGGCAAUAUGGUCCAGUUAAAGCAGCUCUUGGCGUUGAAGCAGUUCUUGACGUCCCAGACUCUACCAUAAGUUUAACCUCUCUAUUAGGUUCUCCCAACCAACAUAUUGAAUCUGAAGGCAAAUUUACCCAACAGAUAGAAUCAGAAACAGAUCAAAUGCGGGGCAUUAAAGAAACUGAUAAGACCUUAAAAACAGAAUGUUUUAAUGAGGUGCCAUUGUUUAAAGGGCAAGAAACCGCAGAUUAUUCUACUAAUCUUCCUGUGCCAAUGCCUCGUGUGAAGAAACAUUUAAGUGCCUCGUUCCCAGAAGACAGUUCCAUUCCUUCAUCAGCCUGUCAAAGUGAAGUUUCUAUAAAGGCCAAUGAUGAACCUACAGUACCUGUUCGUAAUAAAAGAAGAGCAGAUAACACUUUUGCAACCACUAAAACAAAGAUGGCAAGCAUGGUAUACUCAAGUCAGUCUCUGCUCGAAUGGUGCCAAAAGGUCACACAAGGCUACAAGGGUGUAAAGAUCAUAAAUUUUAGCACCUCAUGGCGAAAUGGACUUGCCUUCUGUGCCAUCUUGCACCACUUCCACCCUAAUAAAGUAAAUUAUGAAAUGCUGGAUCCAUACAACAUUAAACACAACAAUAAGAAGGCAUUUGAUGGCUUUGCUGAAAUUGGGAUCCCCAGGUUGAUAGAGCCCUCAGAUAUGGUGCCGUUGGCAGUGCCCGACUGGCUCAUUGUCAUGACCUAUCUCAAUCAGAUCCGCACCCGUUUCACGGGCCAGGAGCUCAUUGUCAUUCAGAUUGAGAAGAACAGCAGUGAGUCCAGUUAUGUUGUGGGUGAAAAGAGGGAGGAAGCUGACCCUGAAGCUGCUGCUCGUUACUGUGCCAAACGACUCCAGAGCAGUGGCAUCAUUCUUGAGUCCAAUGGCAACUUAGCUGAAAGAGACAUGAAAGGAGAUUCUGGUGCUUUGGUGCCACCUCCAAGAAUCAAGAGAACACAGGGCUUGAGCCAAGCUGGAUGUUCAAGGGGCACCCAGCCUCCUGUGGCCCCACCCAGAACUUACUCAUCCAAGGCUUUUUCUCAUGUCAAGGAUGCAGAUCUGGCAGAAAAGCACAGAUCACAGUUAUGGGAAGGGUCACUGGAUGAGGCUGAUAUGCAAGAACAACAUGGUGCUAUAGAGUCUAUAUCAGGCCUCGCAGAAACUGAAGGAGGAAGUGCAGAGACACCAAUUGUUGAAGUUGCUGAAGGGGGCACAGCAGGAGACAAGCAGGUCUUCACAUUUCUAAAUAGUUAUAUGUAUAGUUUUACACAAGUGUCUACAUUCAGGGCCACAGCAUACGUGUAG